AACUGAAGCCCAGCCCGAGAAGAACGGGUCUUAGCCUUGGCACGAGCCUUACCACCUUGUUUUCCGCGUCCCGACAUCUGAUCAAUCUAAUCAAGGUGCUUAGCAAAGAAGAAGCAAAACGAAAGUACAAAUUCUCUUAACAAAUGAGAAGCAAUUAUACUUCGAAGCCGAAUUGUAAAUUACACUGUUUGAUUGGUUAAAAGGGUCUAAAAGCUUGCAACCAAUUAAAAAGGAGAACUGAUAUCACAUAAUUUGCAUACCACCGAACAACGUGGAAAAUUUAUCCAAUCAAAGUGUAAAGUUUUAAAUACCAUAUUUGCAUAGUAGCUCUACAAAUAUGCUGAGUGAUGUUUUCGCGAGUUACUUUUUUCUUUAACUUGGCACGGUGUUCGUCAUGCCUGAGCCGGCCAAGUCCGUUCCCGCCCCGAAGAAGGGCUCCAAGAAGGCGGUGACCAAAGCCCAGAAGAAAGAUGGCAAGAAGCGCAAGCGCAGCCGCAAGGAGAGCUAUUCUGUGUACGUGUACAAGGUGCUGAAGCAGGUCCACCCGGACACUGGCAUCUCGUCCAAGGCCAUGGGUAUCAUGAACUCGUUCGUCAAUGACAUUUUCGAGCGCAUCGCGGGCGAGGCGUCGCGCCUGGCACAUUACAACAAGCGCUCGACCAUCACGUCGAGGGAGAUCCAGACGGCCGUGCGCCUGCUGCUACCCGGGGAGCUGGCCAAGCACGCCGUGUCCGAGGGUACCAAGGCUGUCACCAAGUACACCAGCUCCAAGUAACCUUAGCAAGAAAGUGCUUUUCGUGGGAUUGAACCCGGGGCCAAGGCAGUUGGAAGAGCGCAUCCCUAACCACUGGACAUCCUGGGAACUCCCAUAACAUUCUC